AUGAGUCCCACCGCCACCGCAGUUUUCUUCGCCCUAGUGGUCGCGAUGCUUUGCUUAACACAAAUGAUAGACUGCGGGGUAAUAGAUAGAGAGCCCCGAGCCUACAAGCAGUACAACACCGAUCCAGCACCUGUGAAGCGACCGUUCUGCAAUGCCUUCACAGGCUGCGGCAAAAAGCGUUCGGUGGUAUCCGUGACGCCGAUUGCCCUAAUGCAUCGACAUCAAACAACAUCGGAACAGAACCGAGCAAAGGUAACCGAAGGAUUUGACCCGAACGAGGACAAUUUGGCCAAUCUGAUCGACUUGAACACCGAACCAGCCGUCGAGGAUCUGAUGAGGCAGAUUAUGUCGGAAGCAAAACUUUGGGAAGCCAUCCAGGAAGCCAACCGGGAAAUAUUGCUCCAGAAACAGAAUCACAAUUCGGAUCCAAACUCAUUUCCGCUUUCAUUCAGCACGCAAUAA